GGAUAUUCAGAGCCGCUCAUUUCAACAUCCACCCGCUGCUUUAAAACAUCCUCGGCGGCAGGAGUACUUGGACUUCAUCUCUGACGAGGACCGGCGUUUGCUUCUGCAGCUUUGCGUUUCAGUUUACCUGCAAUCCAGGUGCGCAGCGCGGCCGGAAAAGCGACUGGAGAGCACACAGCGAGUCAGCUUGACCUGGAACUCCCUUCAGCGAAAAUGACCGAGACGGAGACCCGGAAUCAUCACGCCGGCAAGCAGCAGAACGGAGGUGCCAUGGCAGCAGAAACAUCGACGGUGGAGGAUGUUUUUGACGACACCUACGCAGAGAAAGAAGGUCCCAAACCGCCGAGGACGCUGGUGUGGAGGAACAUCAUAUUGAUGACCCUCCUGCACGUCGCUUCGCUUUACGGGCUGGUUCUCCUUCCAUCCGCUUCGGCUCCAACUCUCGCUUGGACUGUAGCGUGCUACCUCUUCAGUGCCCUCGGUGUGACUGCUGGCGCGCACAGAUUGUGGAGCCACAGAUCCUAUAAGGCUUCAUUUCCCCUGCGAGUCUUCCUUGCUCUUGCCAACUCCAUGGCUUUUCAGAAUGACAUAUAUGAGUGGGCAAGGGACCACCGUGUCCACCACAAGUACUCGGAGACGGACGCAGACCCCCACAAUGCCAAGCGGGGGUUCUUCUUCGCCCACAUUGGUUGGCUGCUGGUUCGCAAACAUCCCGACGUCAUUGAGAAGGGCAAAAAACUGGAACUGACCGACCUGAAGGCGGAUAAAGUGGUUACGUUCCAGAGACGGCACUACAAACUCUCGGUGCUGAUCCUUUGCUUCCUCGUGCCCACGUUGGUGCCCUGGUACUUCUGGGGUGAAUCUCUGGCUGUGGGAUACUUCAUCCCCGGCCUGCUCAGAUACACUGUGAUGCUCAAUGCCACCUGGCUGGUCAACAGCGCUGCGCACAUAUGGGGCAACAGGCCUUAUGACAAGACCAUUAACCCAAGAGAAAACUCAAUGGUUGCUUUAAGUGCCAUAGGGGAAGGAUUCCACAACUACCAUCACACUUUCCCCUUCGACUACGCCGCCAGUGAGUUUGGCUGCAAGCUCAAUUUCACCACCGCCUUCAUAGACUUGAUGUGCUUCAUGGGUCUGGCCAAGGACCGCAAGCGGGUGUUGAAGGAGACAGUCGCCGCUCGCGUCCAGAGAACGGGCGACGGCAGCUACAAAAGUGGCUGAGUCACACUAGCUUCAAACUCUGAUAACGCUGUGUGGAACCAAGACAAAACGUAGCAACGGGUAUAGCAGCAUUUUAGCGAUUGGGGGGGAUGUUUACGACGCUUCAGAUUAUAAGUUAAACCUCUUCCUGAGACUAAUUUUGGCUUAAAAGAAUUGCAGACCUUUUCUAUAAAUUGUGUAGGUCUCUUUAAGUUGUGAAGUGUCCUCACCAACUAUUAGCCACAGCCAGCGACUCGGCUACACGUGCAAGCACAGCUUUUUCACCGUAAUAUAAAACAGGCCGGAAGAGGAUUUAAAAAAAUAAAAAAAUAAAAAAAAUAAAUGCUAAUUGGGAUUUAAGUCUCUCUUGGCAACAGUAGGACAACCAAACAAGUCUGUGUGAGCGGUGUGUAAAAGCAGCAAUUACAGAAUAAUUUACUGUAUCUCUUAUUUGUUGAUGUGCUAUUUAUUGAUAGUUUUGGCACUUUGAAAGCUUUGUUGAAACCCUUAACAAUGAGGUGUCUCUACAGGCAAGAUUGAGGGUCAUUCGCUCUAACUUUUGAGUUUCAUUCCACAGUGAGUGACGUUUUCAUCUUGAUAUUUGUUUGUUUGUUCCAAGCUAAGGUUUAUCUUUAAUUCUGGUAAGCUAGUUGUCUUACUAAACUAUAGACUGCCGUGUUAAAUGCCAACAAGAAGACAGUCAACCCUCGACUGAACUGUCCCUAUUUAUCCUACCAGAGUAACCCUGGGUGAAUACGGUUCAGAUGUGUUAUACUUUGGGAUACUUUCAUAUCUACUGUCUCUAAACUGUCCCAAUAAGUUUCUAAUGAGGGCUCAGCUCUCUGGUUUGACGCAGUGUAUACCUCUGGUUAUGUAGUAAAGACUGGACUGAAAUAUAGAACCAGAAUUCUGACUCUUAAUCUAAAAAAAAAAAAAAAAAAGAGAGAAUCAUUAGCAUUUAUUUUGUAUGUAUAUAAAAUACACUCAGACAUAUAAGGCAUCCUUCUCCCUCAGAUAAGGCCAACGAGGCAUGUGUAGGAGAUGCAUCUACCUUUGUGUGCUGUGUGAUGGUGAAACAUGUCAGGACUUUGCCCAGAUGCCUUAUGAUGAGGGUUGCACACCUGUUUUGAAAAAUUUAAAAAGUGCCAGUCAUGGAACUAAAUUAGGGCUUAAAUUUUCUGUCCAAUCACGGCUGUGUGGUGUCUGAUUUCAAGAACUGAAAUCAUUUAUUUAUAAUGUACAAAGUGGGACCAUUCAACAAUUACUAAAAAAAAAAAAACAAAAACAAAAAAGAAACAAAUCUUUUUGCUCUGAAAACGAGAUCCAAACGUGUUCUGACACCAUUUAAUGAAAUUGUUGUAAUAUGUCACACUUCCUCUAUUACAGAGCAUCAAUUUUUUACAGUGUUAACUUCUUGAAGUCUGAAUGCCUUAAAAAAAUGGCACCUUUUUUCAAAGAAUGUUUUUGCCCACUGUAUGUACGUGAAUAAACCAAAUUUUCUACUUGUGAUAAAGUGUAUGUUUUGCUUUUUUGUUGGAAUUCUGUAAUACUCCCUCUUCGUAUACUGAAUAAAAAUAUGACCAGA